AUGGCUCCAGAACCAACCUCACACGACAGUACUGAGAACGAACGAAAGAGCCUCGAGCGGGAGUUGAAAGAAGUAAUCUCGGCCCUAACUACCCGACUAGGCACUAUCCAACGGGCCCACAAGCCGAGUUUGGGCCAAGAGGAGGAGCAAGGAGUGGGGAUGAUCACGCUGGCUGGGAACAACGUUGGUGCCACCAUGCAGGGUGACGUGGACGAAGUGGAACAGCUGGAGGACCUCGCCACAUAUGUCAACAGCAAUUUCCAGGCCAUAAACAACUCUAUCAUGAUGGGUGGUGGCUAUAAAACCAAUGACCCGGGAGUGCAUUUGGACAUCUCGGAUGUAUACGAGCACAAUGAUGAUGAUGAUGAUGAUGAUCAAGUCCCCAAUAAACGUGGGAAGAAAGGCAGAAGUAAGAAUUUGACGAGACAGAGAUCAAAAGGUGAACGUCAUAAUCAUCAACAUGGGGAGCGUUCGGACGAGACUAGCGACACUAACAAGAGUUGA